CAUUGGUGUGUGUCUGGGAAUCUGCAUCUGGUCCUGGAAAGCACCACAGUCCCUGAACAGUGUCCUGUGCGUCCAGUCAAACCAUUUUGUGCAUUUUUUAAAAAUAUAUAAUGCAUCUACUCAGCAUCAUCGAAUUUAAGUAAGUUGAAUUUUCUUUUGGAUUGUUUUUAACAUGUAGCUGUACUUUAAUUAAACCACUUGUUCAAAUGCCUUGUCUAAAAACUCACAUUCAAGCAAGAUAAGUUAAUAUUAACAGACUUUUAAAGAAUGGUUAGGUAUAAACUUGUAAAAACUGAAGUGUACUCAACUUAUCUUUGAUCAGUGCAGGUUGUAAGGAGGACUGUUUUAUGUGUUGGUCCCCAUAUUUUUGUGACAUGGUCCACAAACACUUAAUCUGAAUGUAACAUUGUUUACUUCCUGUUAAAGUACUGAGUUUGCAAAAGAGUCAAGGAGAAAAGGGUUUAGAAGUUUUUGCAUCAUGUUAUUUUGCACAAUUUAUAAGUAGAUAGGAAAAAUAAUCCUUGCCUUCUUUGAUUAUUUUUUGUACCUGUAACCCUAGUGGCAUUGCUCUAUACUAUAUUGUAAUUUCUAAGGCCAGUAGCAUCCCUCAAAUCUGGCAUCUUUAUCUUUACCAUUUUAUUUUCUUAGAGCCAGAUUUGACCAGAUUUCAUGAUGAUGAGGAUAUGCAUUUUUACACAGCUAUCAUGGUCGACAUGUAUUCAGAAUCAGAAUCAGAAUCAGAAUGUAUUCCCAGGGGUAAUUCGGCCAUUACAGUUUUACACUUGCUCUUGAAAAAAUACAAAUGUUAGUAGAAGGAGAAUAGAUUUAGUAAGAAUAAAUAAGAAACUUUAAUGGUUAGUGAAAGUGCAGACUAUUAGAAAUAGUCAUUUUACUAAAUGUUGUUGGUAUUAUUGACAACCACAGGCAGGACCAUUACCAGGGGACUUAGGGUCCCAGGAAAAAAAUAUAACAUCAGGGCCAUGUUCCCACAUGUGGCAACCAACCCCAUCCCCAGCAUUAUAAGUCCUGGGGAUGUGGAGUAAAAUGUUGAUUAAAGCAGAAUUUGAUGGUUUGCAAGUCAUUUAAAUGUAUUUGAAAAUAAGUAAAGACAACAAGUCAAAUAUUGAAACUGAAAAACGUUAUUGUUUUACAAAAAUAGUAAAUGAGCAUUUCAGUGGUCUAAAGUAAUUAAGUUAAAGUACUUUGUUGUUGUACUUAAGUAGUUUUUGGCUGUAUCUGUACUUUGAGAUUUUAUAUUUCCUGACUUCUACUUUCACUAUGCUACAUUUACAGAUUAAAAGGUUUACUUUUACUCCAAUACAUUUUCCCAUAAAUCUUGGUUACUUGUUACACUCCAAGGAUAUUAUGCUGAAGGGCUGAAAAAAUACAUCACAGAUCGGCAUUAAUUGGCAUAAACGCGUCUAUGAAGAUCAAACCCAUUGAGGAUGGGAUGAGGUGAAGACACUCUCCUUUAGCCAGAUAAAUUAAAACUUGAUAUUCUUUUUGGAAAUCAUGGAUGCCACAUUCUCCUUUCCAGUUGAGCAGCUGAAACCCUAUGUCAGGCAGGAAUGGAACAACAUGAUGCUCUCAGAACUCCAGAAACCAGCCUCCCCAAACAAUUGUCGUGUAAAGUCAAUAAAUAUGUCUCUGUCCCAUCAGACGAGAGGUACCAAAUUCAUAAUGAGCACAUAUUUACUGUGUUCAAGAUCAAAAAGCGGCACAGAAGGUUUUAUUGAGAAAGCCACGAUCCGUCUAAAUGUUUUAUUUUACAGACUUCUGCCAUGGACACCUGCUCACACAUCUGAACAUUUCAACAUGAGGGAAUAGUCCAAGUCCAGCAACACUCCACAGCUUCUACUAAAUCAAACAUAGCAACCAUGCAGGUUGGCCCUCAGGUCACCAGCAGCACCUCUCUCCAGAUCCCCCCUCAGCCUCAAAUCCCUGUACUAAAGAAUCGACACCCAAUCUUGCUGGACAAUAUCCCACCAGGUGUAGUCCAGGCAGUCAUCAAUCCUAAACGGGGUAUGGAUGGACCCCUCCAGACUCCACAGACCCCCAGAUCCUGCAACUCACCUGGAUCUGGGAAAUCCUGCUGGAGCUUGGAUAUGAGGGUGGUGGUGCUCCUUGUGACUGUGGCUGGAGUGGUGAUCCUGCUGCUGCUCUACAGACUCCUGCAGCUCAGACACAGGUGUGUAUGUGUUUUACAUGUGAAAGAAAACAAAACAGUUUGUUCGACUUUUAAUGCCUCAUUUGUUUUCCUUAGUCUUUUUCAUCUCCUGAUAAAAAUACUGUCUGAUUGAUUUUUGAAGUCAGGUUUCCAGUACUCUGAUAUAUGGUCGACAUUAUCCAUCUCUUGACUAAGAGAAAACAUAAACACAGUGGUGUUGUGUUGGGAAAGCAGAGAAAACUGAGAAAGUUUCAUAAUCAUAAACAAUCAUGAUUACAAAAAUUAACUGUUUAACAGCCUAAAAAGUAUCAGUAGUUGUACCUGACAGUGACAAUUACAAGAAAUUAAGGUUUUUUUCUUCGUGUGGCGCAGAACUUGCUUAAAAAUUGUUGGCACAACAACUUUAUGGUUUCACACAAAUGCAAACUGCGAUAGCCUUGUACCUUUAGAUCAUUUAGACCCAGGUUAUUCUGCCAAGUCUUUGUAACUAUGGAUAACUGUUCAAUGCACAGACAUUUGAUUCAUAUCAAUCUAAAUUACAAACAACAAACGACAACAACUCUGUUAUUGCAACUGAAACAGAUUUGUUGAUACAAACCAUAGUUUCUCCGGGACACAUUGCAUGUAUCAACAACAAUAAUUAUAAUUAGGUAUGAGUGGAUGAAUAACCCGGACUAAAGUAAAUAUAAUAAUAAAAAAAAAACAUGUUGAAUGAAUGAACCAAUUUCCCAAAUGAAAGAGAAUCUCUCAGUGUACGUUGUUUCCUGCAGGCUGAGGAUGGCUCGUGCAAGGCACGCUCUGGAGUACCACAGCUUCUUCCACAGCGCCAACUACACCUUCAAACACCCUGAUCGGAAUCAAGACCUGCCAACCAAGAAUGGUUUGAUCCCUGAGGUUACUCAUCAUGUCACCACUUUGAGCCCUGUGAUUCCUGCGGCUACUAUCACACCAUUACCACCUCCACCAAUGUCUUCACCACCACCACUACCACUCCCCCUUCCUCCUGUCUUGCCUCCACCUCCCCUCCACACUCCACCUACUCUCCCUUCAACAGCUCCCGUCCAGGCCUUCCCUCUGCCCCUGCCUGUGAUCCACACCACCCCACCCAGUCCCCACCUAUCCUGGGGCGCGUGCUCGGAUGCAGAUGUAUACUCUCGAAUCGGAGCUUACAGACCUUCCAGGCUCUCAAGCAUCUCUAACCAUUCAAAAGUGAUUCUGUUUGAACACUCGUCUCUCUGACCUUUGACAUGAACAGAGACAUCACUUGUAAAGAUUACUGGAACUGUUUUCAUCACAAAGGCUGAUUGUUUGUUUGCUGACCAAGCUGUAGGCAAAGUCGAGACAAUUCAUUAAAUUUACCAAAUCAUUAAAGUUUUUCUAAAUUGGUA